AUGAGUUCGAAAGGCCAACCACUGAGCAAUUCAACCUCAACGACUUUUGACAGCGAGUUUGCGCUGACACUAGAACCGAAAGUAGAGAAGUUGACGUUCGGCAGUAAUUACGCCAUUCAGGGUAUACCACUGACAGAGACCAUUGGCUUCUACAAUAAGACCGACGCCACAUACAAGUUGUCCAUUCAGACUUCUGAGUCGCCGAAGUAUACAUUGACUGUCGACAAUGACAAGCACACCAUUAAGAAAGGUGAACGUGUCAGUAUAGUGAUAUCAUUGAAGUUCCAUCAAUAUGCGACCAUGGGGUUGACUGGGCAGGUCCAAUUUUGUUUAAAGAAGAAAGCAUUGAUGGGUGGUGAUGCUGUAGUUCGAGCGUUGCGAUUCCAAUUGGAAGGUGUAGUUCCGGCGUAUAAUGAGAAAGAAAUAGUGAAAGCGUCUGACGAAGAGCAGUUCCGUGUUGGGAUGAUUGAUGGCGUCCUUUCCAUGGUGAAGAACGAGAAUGUUGUUGCAUUCAAAUAUAACGUGGAGGACAAAUUUGAAAUGGAAGAUUAUUACUCGAUCCAAAAUCUCUAUAGAGACAUCCACCACCCCGACAUUUUAGGUAUGGUAGGUAUAGUCUUAACGUCAUCCACUAUCUUACUUGACGGAGAUACUGUCAAAGAUUUGCAGACUAUGAUGCAGACCGAGAAGUAUGGGACUGUAUUCUUACUGAAGUGUUGUUCUGACUGCGCCAAUGCACUCUUAUACUUAAGCUCACACGAUAUCAUUCAUCGAAAUGUGAAGCCAAGCAAAUUACGAGUUGUCCAUCACGACAUCACAAACGAAGGGAAAUGCACUGUGAAGCUUCACGACUUGACAACUACUUACCGAUUGAAGAAGGGCGAGUUAAUCAAGAAAAGUCCAGGAACGUAUCAGUACAUGGCGCCCGAGGUAAUGGAGAUGAAAGAACAUGGAUUGCCUAUUGAUGUGUAUUCAUUUGCGAUGACGAUGUACCACAUAUUCACCAAUGAGGUCCCAUACAAAGACUUGUCGAAUGCGCAAAUCCAACAAAAGGUGUGUGCGGGCGAGAGGUUGAGUUUAACUGAUAGUCCAUUUCCAAGAGGGAUUGUCGACUUGAUAGCGGAGUGUUGGCAACAUGACCAAAGCAAGCGCCCGAAGUUUAAUGUUAUAGUUGCGAAACUUAAUGAUAUUAUCAAAGACUACUCACAAUAA